ACAAAAACACUUCCGGCCCCUGCACCUCGAGCCUCGUUCAUUUAUUAACUUUCAACUUCCGGUUGAUCCUUCUUUUCGGCUACGGCUACAAACUCGCCAAGAUGCCACUCGCAAAGGACCUGUUGCACCCAACCUCCGAGGAGGAGAAGAGGAGUCACAAGAAGAAGCGUCUUGUACAGAGCCCUAACUCGUAUUUUAUGGAUGUCAAAUGUCCAGGAUGCUAUAAGAUCACGACAGUGUUCAGUCACGCCCAGACCGUCGUCCUGUGUGUCGGAUGCUCCACAGUCCUGUGUCAACCUACAGGGGGUAAAGCACGCCUCACAGAAGGAUGCUCAUUCAGGAGAAAACAGCACUAGUCUCUCAGCAAUGGACCUUGUUGGACCGAGAGACCAAGGGAGGAGAGAUGGGAUUGACCCCACAGUGACCCUGUUCAGGAAGUGACAAAGCGAGAGGAAAAGUGGAGAUGAAACGAGAUGAAACUGAAGAAGAGGAAAGAUGGUGUUGAGCUCUGCUUUGUGUGCGUAGAGAGAAAACGUCCCCUGGCAUAAUGACAUCACUGUAACACCACUCCUCCACCGGUCUUUCUCACUUAUUAAUAAAGUUUAGUUUUUUCGUUAAAGAA